UGCGAGCGGUGGGGCCCCGCGUCGCUGCGCUCCGGUACCGGUACCGACCCGGCCCCGCGCCGCUCAGCUCUGCUCCCGCCGCCCCCGCCGGACACCACCAGGGGGCAGCUCCUAGCACCCCGUUUCCCCCAAGGCAGCGCCACGAUGGACCCCCCCGGCCCCUCCCCGGCCAGCUAGCUGCGUCCCGCAGGCACCGCCACCCCUAGGCAACAGUAUGGCCCAGCAGCACCGCACCGUGCCCCCCCCGCUCAAGACAGAGGAGGACUACAUCCCAUACCCCAGUGUGCACGAGGUGCUGGGCCGGGAAGGGCCGUUCCCCCUCAUCCUGCUACCACAAUUCGGGGGCUACUGGAUCGAGGGCACCAACCACCAGCUGAGCGGGGCCCCCGAGCCUCCCCUGAACCCAGCACCCGGCACCCGCGUGCGGCUGGAGGGCAACCACACGGCCAAGAUCUACCGCAAGCACUUCCUGGGCAAGGAACACUUCAACUACUACUCUCUGGACCCUGCACUGGGCCACCUUGUCUUCUCCCUCAAAUAUGAUGAACAGGAGCACCUCCACCUGCUGCUGCGCACCCGAUCCCGCACUCUGCAUGAUGUGGUGCCCAUCUCCUGCCUGGCCGAGUUCCCCAAUGUGGUUCAGAUGGCCAAGCUGGUGUGCGAGGACAUCAACGUGGACCGCUUCUAUCCCGUGCUCUACCCCAAGGCCUCCCGUCUCAUCCUCGCCUUCGACGAGCACGUGCUCAGCAACCACUUCAAAUUUGGUGUCAUCUACCAAAAGCUGGGGCAGACCUCAGAAGAAGAGCUCUUCGGCACCACGGAAGAGAGCCCGGCAUUCACCGAGUUCCUCGACAUCCUGGGGCAACGGGUGCAGCUCCGUGACUUCAAGGGCUUUCGGGGAGGGCUCGACGUGACACAUGGGCAGACGGGCAGCGAGUCGGUGUACUGCCACUUCCGGGACAAGGAGAUCAUGUUCCAUGUCUCCACCAAGCUGCCCUACACCGAGGGCGACGCGCAGCAGCUGCAGCGAAAGCGCCACAUCGGCAACGACAUCGUGGCCGUCGUCUUCCAGGACGAGAACACCCCCUUUGUGCCCGACAUGAUUGCCUCCAACUUCCUGCACGCCUUCGUGGUGGUGCAGCUGGAACCCGGCGGCCCCCAGGGGCCCCUCUACAAAGUGUCAGUCACCGCCCGCGACGAUGUCCCCUUCUUUGGGCCGCCGCUGCCCGACCCCGCCGUCUUCAGGAAGGGCCCCGAGUUCCAGGAGUUCCUGCUCACCAAGCUCAUCAACGCCGAGUACGCCUGCUACAAGGCCGAGAAGUUCGCCAAGCUGGAGGAGAGGACACGAGCGGCGCUGCUGGAGACGCUGCACGAGGAGCUGCAGGGCCGCAGCCAGGCCAUGCUGGGGAUGGGCCCCGACGAGGAGCGCCCGGACAACGGCUCGGCUCCGGGCUUCUUCGAGUCCUUCAAGGUGGGGCCGGGAGCUGCUGGGGGGGGCGGAUCGCUGCUGGUGCCCGGGAGCCGCCGGGGCCGCCGUGGCAGCGCCAUCGGUCUGGGCUCGGUGGAAGAGGCGCUGCUGGUCCCCGGGAAGAGCCCGUCCCGGCGGCGGCCCGGCCCGCUCGGCUCGCGCCGCUCCAGCGCCAUCGGUAUCGAGAGCAUCCAGGAGGCGCCGGGCAGGGACGGCCCCGCCUCGGGCAACGACGGCAACUCCUCCGCGCACAGCUCACCCGAGAGCCGGCGGAACCCCGACAGGUCCGGCAUCGGGACACGGAAACACGGACACGGGGACAUGGGGACACACAGACAUGGGAACGCGAGGACAUGUAGACAUGAGGACACAAGGACAUGGGGACGUGGAAACAUGGGGACAGGAGACACGGGAACACAGGGAGAUGACAUCGGGACAUGGGAACGAGGGGACACAGGGAUAGAGAGGCACAACGACACCAGGAUGUGGGGACAUGGGAUCACUGGGAUAUGGGGACACAGAGGUAGGGGGAUACAGGUAUGGAGGGGCACCAGGAUGCAGUAUGGCACAGGAACUGGGCAGGUCCCAUUGGCAGCCAAUGACGAAGGGAUGAGGCAGUGUGGGGAUGGGGUGACACGGGGGGAGGGCACGUACAGGGGUCUCGGGUGGCACGGGGCCAGCUCUGUCCCUCACAGGGCGGAGAGGCCGGAGCCUCUGCAGGACUUCUCCCGCUCGUCCUCCAGUGCCAGCAGCUUUGGCAGCGUGGCCGAGGAGCCGGACGAGCAGCCCGUGGGCGAGCAGGGCAGGGUAUGGGGUCAGGGGGCUGAGGUUGGGGGGGGAGAGGUGGGUGCUGGGGAUGCAGUAGCACGUCACCCCACCCUGUGCCCGCAGGACAGCUGUUCAUCCUUGGGGACCCCCCGGCAGCGUGACACCUCUGCCGACCCCCCCUGGCCAGAGGAGCCCCCCGGCACCCCCCCAGGUACCUGUCCCUGCAGCUUUGGGCCACUGGGCUCACCCAUGGGUGCUCAUGCUCCCCCCUACACAGGCAGUGCUUGCCACCCCGAGAUCAAAAUCCAGCUGGAGCAGCCUCCCCCAACCCCGGUGAGGCUGAGACCCCCUCCCCAUGACCCUCCCAUGCUCCCCAACCCCCAAACAGCUCUACAGCCCUUAUUGUUCCCUGCACAGGGCUCGUAGCCGACCCCCACACCCCAGGGGGGCACCGCUGGAGGAGGGUCCCUGCUGUGCCCCCCCCCCCCGCAGUGCCCCCCACCGCUCACAUCCAGGAGCCGAAGCCAUCGUCCCCACUGCGGGAUUGGGGCCCACCUAUAGGGUCCCCCCCCCAAUUCCAGACAAUCUCCUUCACCCCAAUGCCCCCUUUUGGGGGGGUGGGAGGGGGAUGGGUACAGGGACGCGCACAGUGCAAUGCUCCCCCCCCGACCCCAAAUGCAGAGUGGGGCCAGACCCAGUGUGCCCCAUCCAAAAAA